AGCGCGCGCGCGCGUCGAACAUUGAGAACCGCGAACGCGCUUUAAAAGACCCCGGGUGCGCGCGGCCGAGCUUGUUGCGAGGGGCGAUCGAAUCGGUGCCGCGCGCGCAGGAAGGCUGAUGAUCAUCACAGAGUCGUCACGUCACGGAUCCGCAGCGACCGAUAGAGAUGCUGAGGUGACAGGCAGAAGGAGAAAAGGGACGACCACAUAUCAGACAUAUUUCACCCUCCGCUCGUUUAUCUCGCACCAACCGACCGCGACCACCUCCGUCACCGCCUCCACCUCCACCACCGCCUCCACCUCUCCUCCAUGGACGGUCCGCUCGCUAUGGGAUUCCGCUCGAUGUCGUCCCCGCCGCCUCCAAACGUAGCGGAUUUUUUGUAACCACACCCGGCUCUUCAUUGGAUCAAGGAUUGGCAGCAAAGACCCGAGGGUUCUCCAUCAAGGCCCAAAUGCCCGUCCAAGUCUGAGGCCGCUGGUCGAGGGGGGAAGCAGUGAGGACAGCGUCCCUGGUCCACAGACGGGAUGAGCGGGGGAGCGGAGCAAACUGACAUCCUAAGCGUGCUCUCCCUGGUCAAGGAACGAUGGAAAGUGGUGAAGAAGAUCGGGGGCGGCGGGUUCGGGGAGAUCUACGAGGCGCUGGACCUGCUGACGCGGGUCAGCGUGGCGCUGAAGGUGGAGUCGGCCCAGCAGCCCAAACAGGUGCUCAAGAUGGAGGUCGCCGUGCUCAAGAAGCUCCAGGGUAAGGACCAUGUGUGUCGCUUUGUGGGAUGUGGCCGCAACGACCGCUUCAACUACGUGGUGAUGGAGCUUCAGGGUCGUAACCUGGCAGACCUGAGGAGGAGUAUGACCCGGGGAACCUUCAGCAUCAGCACCACCCUGCGUCUGGGCCGCCAGAUCCUGGAGGCCAUAGAGAGCAUCCACUCUGUCGGCUUCCUGCAUCGUGACAUCAAACCAUCCAACUUCGCAAUGGGCCGCUUCCCGAGUACCUGUCGGACCUGCUACAUGCUGGACUUUGGUUUAGCUCGCCAGUUCACCAACUCUUGCCAGGAGGUCCGACCUCCCCGUCCAGUGGCAGGGUUCAGGGGAACAGUCCGCUAUGCAUCUGUCAAUGCUCACAAGAAUAAGGAGAUGGGUCGUCAUGAUGACCUGUGGUCUCUCUUCUACAUGCUGGUGGAGUUUCUGGUCGGUCAGCUGCCGUGGAGGAAGAUCAAGGACAAAGAACAUGUGGGGAAGCUGAAGGAUACUUACGACCAUCGUCUGAUGCUCAAACACUUGCCGGCAGAGUUUGGCGUGUUCUUGGAGCACAUCUCAAGCCUCGACUAUUUCACGAAGCCGGACUACCAGCUGCUGAUGUCAGUGUUUGACAACAGCAUGAAAACCUACAAUGUCGUGGAGAAUGACCCUUAUGACUGGGAGCGAACCGGCACUGAUGGCACUUUGACAAUCAGUGCCAGUGCCACAACACCGCAACAUCACACCCGCCUCACUCCGGCACACAUGGGCAUGGCGAAUGCCUCUCUGAUCCCUGGCGACCUGAUGAGGGAAAACACAGAUGAGGUUCUGCAGGACGAACAGCUCAGCGACGUGGAGAACAACCCCGCUCCCGAGCGCCUGCCGGGCUCUCCCCUCCACCCACACCGCAACCAGGAGGCUGACGUCUGGGAGGAGCUGGACCGCAACCGUAACCGCAUCAGGACAGCAGUGUGGAAGGGGGCAACGGAGGAGGAACACAGCAACAACCAGGGCAACCACGGACACCAGAGCCCCUAUGCUGGGCCAAGCCUGGGCUCCCCAGUCAAACUGCCCUCUGAGGUGGUGGCUUCAGACCGUGAUGGCCCCCUGCUGAGGAAGCUCCGCAACAUUCACAGUUUUGAGCUGGAGAGGAGGCUUGGUCUGGAGUCCAAGCCCAGUCCAGACCGCUUCGUGGAGGCCUGCUCAGGGAAGCAGCAGCUUGGCGCCCAGCACCAGGAGAAGGAGGCUGACGGGCCUGCGAUCAUCCCAGUAACUCAGGGUCAAGCUGUACCUGCCGGGGAGCGGCCUGAUAGGGUCUGGCACUACGAUGAGGAGUUCUUGUCCGGCGGUGGCUCUCCUAAGCCGGCAUCCUCUGGAUCUGUGGAGCAGGGAGAGGGGGCAGCCAGCAGUGGGGGCUUUGUGGCCCUCAAUCUGAGCUCUGGGAGGCAGGACGUUGACUCAAGGGAGUGGGUGAUGGUGGAGCGGCCUGGUGGCUCUCCAGGAGCCAAGGUUACAACCAGCCCCUCGGAGGAGGAUGAGGAGCCGGAGGUGCUCCAGCCGGGGGAUCAGUCUCCUGGAUGGGAAAAGGGCAGUCCGAGCCCUAACUCUGGUAAAACCAAACAAGAAAGCAUGGCUUCCUCCAAGGGAAGCACAAAAGUGGACAAGUUGGAGCUUAGCGUGGGCCCUGCGGGGGCUCUGCCUCCCAUCACUCCAACCAGCCCAGCUGAAGCUCUGGCUGAGGGAGUCCUCACCCAGCUCCCUACCUCUCCUCCAUCCCUGCCUGAGGAGGUGGCAAUCCGGACAUCAAGCCCCAUCCCUCUGCGCUCUCCCAGCCCUCACACACUCCUGACCACCCUGUCGGACCCGUUGCACCUGCGCCAGCCGCCGAACAUGAGGCGCAGCCAGUCUGUCGACCAUCAGCAACAGGAGCGCCCCUCCUCCUCCUCCUCCUGCCACGCCUCCCUACCACUACCACCAAACCCCGCCCCCGGCACCUGCUCACCCAGUCGCAGGAAACUGCCGGCCAUCCCGGCGGGCGCUGCCAACGCCAAGUUUCCCUCUGUCAUACGCAUCACUCGCGCCCAGCUUCAGCAGCUGACGGCUCAGCGUCCCUCUGGGCUGUCCUCGCAGUCAGGAUCAGACAGUGCUCCACAGUGCCUCCUGCUGGAGAGGCGUGGUGAAGCUGAAGCUGAGGCUCAGCAGGUGCAGGAGCACACAGCAGACAUCAGUUCACCCCAGGACCAUGUGCCCACCCAUCCAGGGACACCCACAGACCCCCUGGCUGAGAUGCUGGUCAAUGGAGACAUCCACAGCAAAGCUCAAAGCCCCGCGUCAAACCGUGUGUCUUCCCCACGCUCCCCCCGUUCUCCACUCCCGCCUCCUCUGCGCUCACCUUCCUCUCCACGCUCUCCACGCUCUCCCCACUCUCCCCACUCUCCUCGCUCCCCUCGCAGCCCUGAUCUUGCCAACGGCCACCUCUCUCCUCCUGUUAACAGCCAAAGGGAUUUAAGUAACGGAGCAUUCCCCAAGCUGAAAGACCCUGAGAAUGAUCCCGGCCCGACUCCCUGUGCCACAGAGCCUCAGCUAGAAGAUGGGAGCAGAGAUGUGAACCACGCCCCAGAUCAGACCAACAGACCCACUUCCUCCCCGGCUGCCCCCCGUAAGGACCCUAGUCGAAGGCAAAGUCGCAUCCCAGUCCUGGAGCCCUCCAGCCUGCUGGAGCUCCCUCCUCCAGGGUCUGCUAAGGAGAAACUCCUGCAGAAGAAAGCUAACCACCCGGGCCCAGUCCCCUCCCCCACUGCCUCACCAUCCCUCUCUGAUAGGCGUGGCCCCAUGGUGGCCUCCCUCGCCCGGGACCCGCUGUCCUCCACAUCUGACCGCUCUCAGGACGAGGACUCUCUCAUGGGCUCCCGUUCUGACCGCCAGGGAGACGAUGCUCCUUCCCUCUCCUCCUCCUCCAGCCCUCUGUCCCGCAAGAGCAGGAUCCCUCGCCCCGUUCAUCCAACUACGUCUGCUGAGCAGCUGGCUGCGCAAUUCCUGCCGCGCCCACCCCCUGGAAAGCCACCUUGCCGCCCCACAGCGGAGGGCAGGCUUCGGCGUUACCGCAUCCGAGCCGGCAGCAACAGUGACUCAGACCUCCUGACAUGCCUUGCUCAGCUGAUGCAUGGCUCCCGUGGCUCCCCCCUCCACCACCGCUCCGCAGCCCAGCACGGAGGCUCCAGGAUGGGCAUCUGCAGCCUGACGAGCUCCCCGCACCACCACCGCAGCUCCAGCGCUUCCCCGCGCAGCUCCUCCUCCCUGCAGCGCUCUGUCAGCUCCUCGCCCUCCCGCCACGAGCACCGCGGUGGCGGGGGAGGGGGUUGCCUGGGCCGCAGCCGCUCGCCCCCCAGCUUCUCCGGCUCGCCGCCCCCCCGCCGCUUCUACCCUCACCACCAGGAGACUUGCUGCAGCCGCCAGGCUCGCACGGGCCCCUUCCACCUGUCCAGGGGGAAAGGCUGCAGCCGAGAGGGCAAGUGCUCCAGCAAGCUGAGCAGAUAGUUGCCCACCAAGCUGCGCUGCCACAGCAGAGGAGACUCCUGUUAAAAUAGGGUAGACCGCAGUCAGGAUACAAGCCUUCCUGUAGUCUUCCUGUACAAGUUUCCCUUUUUGAACCUUACACUUGUCUCGCUGUUUCCCACUGUUCUCUUCACUUCUAUUUGCACACAGGAUUUGUCAUUAAUUUAUGUGCCCAGCUUUAAAGGGGUACUCCAGUGAUUUAGUAUUGCACUUCCAUAGUUUUUGGACUUGUUUGAAAAAGAAUGAUCAAAAUUUGUGCAGCAGAAGCCAAUAUAUCCUGACUUUUAGUCGGUUAAACUCUAAGAAUGUUGGUUCCUACUAGGGAUGCACUGAUAUGGACUUUUUCAACCGAUACCAAUAACCGAUAAUUACCUGCUUCUCAUGGCCGAUAACCAACGAUAACCGACAAUUUCACAUAUUUGUUUUUAAAACGAGGUGUAUAUCCUGUACUGUAUGUCCACCUGAGGGUAAGAAAGGCUCAGAUGUGAUGAGAAUAUGGAUGAUUUAGUAUUCCAUAACCCUGACCGAACCAAAUCAAACUGACAUCACUAUUAACACAACAAAAACAAAGAACAGUUCUGACUUUUCCAUACCUGCUAAAAUUAGGCUGUGAAAAAGAUAGAGAUUUUUUGGGGUGUUGUCAAAUGGCCUACCCUCAACGCCCCUGCCGCCAUACAACCCUACACUACAGAUGAAUAUGAUAAAUGAAUGUAAAAUGUCUCUAAAUCAGUUUUAAAUUUAUAGGUAAUGGUAAGAGAGAGGGAGAUUAUGAAGCCCAGUGUUACUGUGUAAUUCUCUGGUGUAUCAAUAAAGUGUAUAAACUACACUGCAGAGUGAAGUCUCUACUAACAGAGACAAGGGAUGUUCCUGGCGACUAAUUUCCUUACUCGAGCAUUACCACGGGGAGAGGGACUGCUGUCUGACGGCUCUGUAGCACCCACUAGUGGCGGGCGGCUGCAUGACAAUUAAGCAGCCUUGUACACAAAUAAAACACGAAUAGGUUUAACCGACAAAUAUUUCUGGUGCUGAUUAGCAAGGGGGCAGACGUUUAAUCGGAUUAGACGAUUAAUCACACGCAUCCCUAACAGAGACAAACACUGACAGAUGACUCAUAUAAUCAUCACAGGUCUGUGUUGCAUCUGGUGUAUGAAAUGUUUAUGUCGUCACGCUGCAACACACCCAGGCGCCGUCUCACCCUCCCACGAUAGACUAGCCUACAGCCACCAAGCAGAAUAACGAUGCGCUAUUGAUUCACCUCACACAUUACACUCUGGAGACGGCCCUUCAGAGCUGUUUCGGAGAUCAGAGAUCAGACCCUUGGCGCAAUUCUGUUGUCUUCCUCUGGAACUGUGAAAGACAUCCACACUGCAACAUGUUUUGCCCUCUAGACAGUGUGCUGCAGUUGUAGAUGUUCUUCGUCUUUGUGUUUAUUGGCGGCUCUCAAACCAAGUUUAAAGGUACCUGUACGGCCACCCACUGUGUCGGGUGUGUAGACGCUGCCCUUGUUAGGUCAGUGAAAGCAGUGGGGCUUUGUAUUAUCGGUGCUAUUUAUUGGCUAGAACUUUAAUUAUCGGAAUAAUGCGUAAUUAUAAAAAUGUCCCAUUAUUGGCCUUUUAUAUAUAUAUAUAUAUAUAUAUAGUGCAUCCCUAGUUCCUACAUUUCCCAUAAUGCAACCACACCUGCAGUUUUUAAUAAAAUUGUUGACAGGCUGAAUAAUCGGUAGAGUGCCCCUUUAUUCGAACUCAUCAGACGAGAUUUUGACAUGUCAGGGUCCUGAUUUUAUUUAUAUCAUGUUGUAGAGCAAAAAAAAAAAACACCUGCAAACUUAAACUGUUAUUUCACAAUGCAGGCAGAACUAUAAUAUAUAAACCAAUAGCUAGCUGGACCAGUGGGCACAUAAAUAAAUGAAUUUCCUGUCUCUUCAUCCUCAUGCAUCCUGCACCAUGAUAUAAUGUAACUUAUUUAUCCCCAGUAUUAAUGCACUUGGAUUAUACUGAUGGAAUAUCAGUAUAGCUGAUGAUAUCUUAAUUAAAUAUUGGCCUGGGGUUGACUUGGUUAUCUCCUCUGCAUUCGGAGAUCGCAGGCAGGGUUAUAUAAUAAUUUACCUUACGCUACCUGUGAAUGCAUAAAGCCAGAAUUUGUGUACAGUUGUAUUUAUUGAGAUAUUUAUUUUGAUGCUUAGCGACGCUUACGAGUCCUACCCUCUUCCGUGUGAUAGUGGAUGUGUGGUUUUGUGUCGCUCACGUUAGUUUUAAAUGUUUAAAAUCGAAGGGAUCGCUCCAAAGUGACCCCUUUUGUACAAUCAAUCAUGUCAAGUGCGUGAGGACACACACCUUUUUGUGCCUACUGUGUUGCUACGAGGGAAUCAAACUGUCACACUGACUGAGGGGAUUACAGGCUGUGGUAGCUGUACAGUGGUAGCAGUAGAGAGCUUAAGCGACACAAGGUACAUUACUGAUGAGUAAUGUUCAGACACAGAUGUUUGUCUCAGCAUGUGCCUUGGCACUUUGGGCAGCUUGAGGAUUCACCUUGUUUGUAAUUAGACAAAAACAGGAGCCAAAAACAGACUUGUGCCAGCGGUUAUAAGACGACCCGUUUCACCAGUAUUCUUUGUUAAGGUAGCAACACAAAUGUUUGUAAAUCAAACACAAUUUGAGCAGCAGUUUACUUGAGUAGCUAUUAUUUGUAAUGAAAACAUGGAAAUAUUUCAAGUGAAACCCGUCUUAGCUGCACUCUUAGAAAAAAAAGGAGAAUCCUUUUUGGUUCCUGAUCGAAACUUUAUUGAGGUCCCCCCUUGAACCCUUUCAUAGGGUUCAACCUAGAAUUAAACAGAAGGGUUAUACCUAGAACCAUCUGUGAGAGGUUUCACCCAGAACCCCCUAUGAGAAGUUGUACAAAGAACCCUGGUGUAAUGGUCCCACCCAGAACCCUCCCUUACCCCUUUUCCACCAUUAGUUCGGAACCUGUAAAGUUGGUUCUCAGCUAGAAACCAAGAAAAAAAAAUUCUUAACCAGAAGUGCAAACCGUGAUGACAUUAGUAGGCGUUUUCUACCAAUUGGAAAGAAAGGAUGGAGAAGGCAACAAUGGUGAAAUCAAGUGAGAAAUCUUUAGGAAAAAAGUGUGCAGUGGUCUUAUUAAAAGUUCGUCCAUGCUUGUUUAUGGAUUAAAACCAAUAUUCAUGGGUAAGCAAUGCGAUCCACCAUUUUGCUACUACUGUUAAAGACAUACCUGAUUACAAUGGUGGAAAUUGGCUGGUUGGCCAAGUAUCACCAAGGUUCCAAGAAUGCUGAAUGGACCUGGUUCAAGAACCAGAGCUAAUUUGGCGGGAAAACGCUAUUGGGGGGAUCUAUCCAUAACCACGUCCAUCAGCCUUAAGCUUCAUAAAGUUCCUGAAGAGCUGGGGCUGAUGUGGUCCAAUGCAGCCCACAACACUCAUGGUUCUGCUACAGCCUUACUAUUAUCCAAAUUAGAAUGGAAUACAAAAUGUAUCAGGCACUCUUAAAAUAAAAAAAGAAUUUGCAUACUAUGUGGUAUUGAAUGGCAUGAAGUGAUGGUAGUUGAUGUCUAACUAUGGCAGAACAAUUGAUUAAAGGGAUUCCAGAUGCUUCAAGCCUACAUUUAAAAUACAUGGGUAAAAAUCUAGAUAUUUAACAGUGAGGAUAUUUUCACAACCAUGCUUUCAGCAAUCCUUGGAGAACUCCUUCUUCAAAAACGAGUUCUUUGGGUGAAAAGGGUUCUUAGUGGAACCCAUCCUCUCUAAAAGGACCCUUGAAAAACCUUUCUUCACAGAAGGUUUUUUGUUGGAUGAAAAGAGUUGUUAUUGGGAUGCUUAGUCUUACAAUGAGCCCUCGAAGAUCCCUCUCCUCAAAAAAGGGUUCUAUUGAUGAAAAGUUUUUUUAAAGGAACCUUGCAUCUCACAAAGAACCCUUGACAAACCCUUUCCCCCCCAAAAAAGGAGUUCUGUGGAAGAGAAGGGCACUUAGUGGAACACUUGGUCUUAAAAAGAACCCUUGAAGAACCCUCUUCUCAAAAAUGGGUUCUAUGGAUGAAAAGGGUUUUUAAUGGAACCCUUCAUCUCACAAAGAACCCUUGAAAAACCCUUUCUUAAGAAAAGUCUUUGAUGGUUGAAAAGGGUUUCUUAAUGGAACCCUGUGUCUCUCAAAUUACCCUUGAAGAACCCUUUCUUCAAAGAAAAAGGUUCUAUCAAUGAAAAGGGAACCCAUGGAAACCCUUUAUUCAAAAAAGUGUUCUAUGGAUUAAAAGGGCACUUAGUGGAACCCUUAGUUUUAAAAAGACCCCCUGAAGAACCCUCUCCUCAAAAAAGGGUUCUUAACAGAACCCUGUGUCUCACAGAGAACCCUUGAAGAACCCUUUCUUUGAAAAAAGGGUUCUAUAGAUGAAAAGGCUCUUUGAUGGAACCCUGCAUCUCACAAAGAACCCUUGAAAAACCCUCUUCAAAAAAGUAUUCUAUGGAUGAGAAGGGCACUUAGUGGAACCCUUACUUCUAAAACAAACCCCUUGAAGAACCCUUUCUUUGAAAAAAGGGUUCUGUUAAUCAAAAGGCUCUUUAAUGGGACCCUGCAUCUCACAAAGAAUCCUUGAAGAACCCUUUCUCCAAAAAAGUGUUCAAUGGAUAAGAAGGGCUCUUAAUUGAACCCUUAGUCUUACUAUAAGAAAACCCUUGAAGAACCUCUCUUCAAAAAAGGGUUCCUCAGAAGCAAAUGGUUCUGGGUAGAACCUUGGCCCUUCAGUACAAACCCUUUUGGAACCUUUAUUUCUAAGAGUGUGUCUCUUGUAUAUAUUCCAGGUCAGUGUUGGAGAUUAAACUUUGAUGAAAAAAUGUGAAUUUCAGACCUCAAACAGCGUUUUGUCAAAUGGUAUUACAAACCGAGGCCAUAUGUACAUAUAUCUCUCUCACACCAAAACGACGUUCCAUGCUUCCAUGUGCAAGAAUGUUUGUAUUUAUUUUUCGCUCCUCCCGCGGCGGAGAAUGUCUUUUAUAUAUAAUAACAACAACAUAACAGUGUGUUUGUUCCCAAGGGGAAGGAAUCAGAGUAUUGUUUGUGUUUGAUUUAGUUAGGAUUCCUCACUGAAACUCUCCUCCGCCACCUCCCUCCCACUCCUCUGCUUGUAAGAUACUGUAAAAAUAACUCCAGCCUCCUUCCAACGCUACUCUUUGCAUGCUCGACCGAGAAAACACUACUGAGUAAAAUAGCUGCAUAGCACUUCCCGCCACACGGCAUCUAUCUUGUGAAGAUUUUAAACCCAGACUUCAUUACCUUUUGAAUCUAUAUAUUUUCUCUGACCCUUUCACUCCUCUUCCCACCUGGUGUAGUCUCUCUGCACUUCCUGCACUGACUUGGGACGAUUGUGUUGCUGGACUUUUUAUCAGUGCGACUAGCUGACAUGAUGCACAAAAGAAUUAAGAUAAAUAAUAAAGGAGAAUAGACUUUGCUGUGUUUUAAGCACUUGUAUCGUGAGUUUAACGGCUGCACACAUGGACUGAGAAAAAAAAUCACAUUGCCAAAUAUUUUGAUAGAUUUUGCAGAUGUGGUUCGACUUGACGAUGAAUAUGGGAGCGUAUAGAGAUUGAAUGGGCACCUUGCUUUGUAGAUAUAACGUGUGCUGCUUCAUGCAGAUCCUGCAGAUACCUACGCUCGCCUCACAGAGCAGCUAUGAUGACUCAUCCUGAAGGCAGACAGCGUUCAGUCAGUCAGUCGCCUUAAUGUCUCCUCUCUGCCCCUCUGUGCAUAGCGAGGGAUGACUGAGCCUUGUCUGUGUUGGAGAUCAUUCCACUACUCGGCCAAUAAGCCAAGCCUUCCUGUCACUUAUCUCGUGUGUGUAAACGGCAUGUGCUACC